UAAUAUUAUUUGCUUGGCGCAGUUCUCUGGAGAGCAGCAAAAAAAAGCGUGUACAUUGCUAAAAAAAAUUCUAUAAAUUUUCCUAGUUUAUUUUUAAAUAAAAAACCACUUUAUUUAACAAAGAUGUGCGAAGUUGAAGCUGUCUCAAAAAUUGCCAAAUGUUUGCAGGUGCCUUUGGGUAAAGUCCAGCUAAACGAAGAACAGGUGGUAACACGCACUCUCAAUAACAAAACAGUCUCAGGAUAUGCCACUAUCCUUAAUAGUUUAGCCAAAGAAUCAAAAUCGAAUAUUGCCACCAACAGCUAUCAAACACGUGAAAUUGAGGCUCAAGUGUAUCAAUGGAUUGAAUUUGCUGUUCUUUACGUGGCACCUGGCUCAAAGGAUAAACACAUUGCCCAACAAUUGUUGCGGGAUUUUAAUAAGAUGUUCUUGAAGCAAUCGUAUUUGGUGGGACAUUUUCUUACUUUGGCCGAUUUGGCAGUAUUCUAUGCGAUUUAUGAUUUGGUGAAAUCUCUAUCUCCCAUCGAAAAGGAAAACUAUUUGAAUUUGUCACGCUGGUUCGAUCACCUGCAACAAUUGCCCGAAGUCCGUCAAGGUAGUGAUUUGUUAAACUUUACCACAAUCUAUUUGCAUGGUUGGGCUACUGGUACUCAUGUUUAAUUAUCAUUUGUUUUAAUUUUGAUUUUUUUCUUUCUUUUUUUUUUGGCAAAAACAAAAUAAAGCAAUAUUUAUUUUUCCUAUUUAUUUUAUUAAUACAUUUAAAAAAAAAACGCAUUUAAAAUAAAAUCCUCACACUUUUUGUUAAGUUAAAAAACAAAAUAUUUAAAAUUAAAUUAUUAAAAAUUGUGUGUUAUUUUUUAAUUAAGAAAGCCUAAGUAUUGAGAAACAUAGAUGUGUUAUGUUGUGGCAAUAAUUUCAAUUACAACUUAACUUUUUUUUAUGAUAUGACCAUAAUAAAACAACAUUUUAUCUUUAA